AUGGAGGCAGCAGCCACAAAAGAUAAGAUGGCUGUGCAUCCCAAUGACACAGAAAAGCCAAAAUCUUGCAGGGAGAAGUUUCUUCAAGCAUGGAAUGAAAAGCUGAAACUCCAGCCAUGUCCCAUAUUGUAUUCUCAAACGCUAGCAUCUCAGUCGGUAGUUGAUAUUUCUGUCCAGGAAAAGCGAACAAGGAACAACAAGGCCCUGUCAGAUUUAAAAACAAGGGCCUCAUUGCAACAUAAUGAAAAUGCCGUUUACUUUGUGAAAGUAAUGCCUCUUCCUCCAGAGCAAAUGCAUCCAACUCUUGGGGGUGUAUAUGUAGGUGAACACUGCCCACAGCAAGAUACUGUGGCAUCUUGGCAUAGCAACCAUGAUGCUACAGACAAGAAGGUGCCAAGUGGAUCCAUGAAAAAUGUUGAAGAGGAACUCCUACAGAUUUGCGUUUCUGAUUUACUGAUGGAGUCUCCAGUGCGGAAGAGGCCCAGAUUGCUGCCACCUCACCGAAAGAUGCAUGUGGAAGUAUGGAAGAAAGAGGCCUCACCCCCAUUGCAGGAGCAUGCAAGAAAUCCAGUCCCGUUGGCAUACAAUCACCUGGUAGAUACCAUGUCAAUGACUAAUCUUGCUGACCUCCCUGAAGUGGAAUCUUUUUAUCGCAGGUUUAAUCCUAAAUUAAAACAAAGUUAUGAUAGGAAGAACAGUCCAAUCCAAUCAGGAACCAACGGCUUUUUGCUUGUCAGGAACACAGACGUUUCUACCUCUCAAGAGACUGUCAGAAAAAUUGCCAAGCAACAUCAGCAACUGAACUCAAAGAGUUCUCCCUUACCUGAUCUUAUGGUGGCAAACAUAGAAUCCAUGAACUCUCAAAAUAUCCACCUGCCACCAAAGAAACGAUACACUCAUGGCUGUCUCUAA